AUGAGGGCGUGUGUGCAGGCCUCAUUUCUGCUGUGUGUCCUGGCGAGUGUAUUAUCUACGCCAUGUCUGCCUGAGGAGUUUACUUGUGCGAGAGGCGGCUGUGUAUCUGAGGAGCAUGUAUGUGAUUUCAGAGAGAACUGUGAAGAUGGCAGUGAUGAGACAAACUGUUCACAGUUUGUGAGAUGUGACUUUGAGGAAGGUUUCUGUGGUUUUCAACUUCAAAAUGAACAUCAUGUUUGGAUAAGAGGAUCAGGUUUGAGCUGUCCUAGUACCAAGGCAGACCACAGAGAAAAUGUUACUGGUCACUGCCUCUAUAUAAACUCAAAAAAUGGAGGAGGAGUCACCGCUGAAAUAUACAGUCCUCACUUCCAGCCUUCACAGACAUGCUGGCUAACUUUCUAUCAGCAUAUUGGGAUGCUGGCAGGGGCUUUGCAAGUUCUGAUCCAGUUCAUAUCUUCAGGAGAGAUGCAGGAGGUUUGGUUUCUUUCUGCCUCCAAUCCUGAUCCAUACAAUCUUCCCUGGAUGCGAAGAGUGGUGGUGUUAAACAGCAGAGAGGAGUUUAAGGUUGUGAUUAGAGGAUUGAUAUUCUACAGCAGUGACCCAUAUGCAGUUGUAGCAAUUGAUGAUGUGUCCUUCAGCAGAGGAUGUGUGGCAGCAGUAGAGACUGACAUCAAGGCACCUCUUCCAGCUCAAUGCCUCCCAUCUCAGUUUUACUGUGGGGAAAACGUCUGUGUAGAUGGGGUGAAAGUGUGUGACUUUUCAUUAGAUUGCCCCAAUGGAGAGGAUGAGGCCAAAUGUUCAGCACAGUGUGAUUUUGAGUCUGAUUCAUGUGGCUGGUAUGAGGUUUUCCAGAGUGAUGGAUUUGAAUGGGCGAGAGGCUCAGCUAAUGGAGUCGCCAUAGAUUAUCCGGACCAAACACCACCCCAGGACCACUCUACUAAUACAAGUGCAGGCCACUUCAUGUUUAUUUUCAAGAAGAGCAGUAGGCUUUCCCAGCAGGCUUUACUGCGCAGUCCUACAUUCCAGCAAGCAAGUUCAGAUUGCAUCAUGACCUUCUGGCACUAUAAUUCUGGCCAUUCUGUUGGUGCUGCUGAAAUGCAUCUGGUGAUAGAGGACUCAGACAGCAUCACUAUGCUUUGGCAAACACUUUACAACCAAGGUAACCAGUGGCACCCUGUAAUCAUCCAGAUUGGAAGGCAGACCAGGCCUUUCCACAUCUCAUUUGCAAAACUGAGCCUGGCUGUGUAUGAAGGAGUCUCCGCUCUAGAUGAUUUUAUGUUCCAUAACUGCUCAUUGCCCAAGGCUGUGGAGAUGUGCCCAACUCCUAAUCACCUUCACUGUGGCCGGAGCAAAGCAUGUGUGGACUAUUUUCAGAUCUGUGACCUGAUCGAUGACUGUGGAGAUGGAACAGACGAGGAAAACUGCUCGCCAGAGCUAAUGUGUGACUUUGAGGAAGAUCUGUGUAGCUGGACUCAGGAACAUGAGGAGGAUAUGUUUGAUUGGACCCAUAUCCAAGGGCCCACUCCCACUUUCAACACGGGCCCAUGGAAGGACCACACACGAGCCAGUGCGGAUGGCCACUUCCUCUUUAUCGAAUCUUCAGAGCCACAGAAGUUCAAAGACACCGCCGUUCUUAUCAGUCGGCCUUUUCUCCGAACUCCUCGCCUAGGUCCUGAAUCCAAACCACCCUGUGUUUUCAGAUUCCACUAUCACAUGUUUGGCCAGCAUGUGUUUCAUUUGGCCGUGUACAUGCGCACACGUAACAGUGGGCGGGGGAACUUGUUGUGGGUUCGCUAUGGUGACCAAGGCAACUUCUGGUACAGGAAGACACUGCUGAUCAACAGUGCCCACCACUUUCAGAUUUUACUGGAGGGGACUGUUGGUGAUGACUUCAGAGGAGAUAUUGCCAUAGACGAUCUGUCUUUCCUUGGCUGUCAGCCUUAUGAUGGUGAAUUACCCUCAAAGGAGCCCAGCACCUUUGCCCCCAUCCCCACCUUGUCAGCAGCACCCCCUCAUAGCUGCCCUUCUGACCAGUUUGUGUGCUCAACUACAAGAGAGUGUGUGAGCCUCAGUCAAGUGUGUAACUUCACACCAGACUGCUCCGAUAGCUCUGAUGAAGAGCACUGUGUGAAGCAGCAUUGUGAUUUUGAAGGGGAUGCUUUUUGUGGAUGGUAUUUAAGUGUCCCAGCCACUCCUGUUCCUCCUCAUGCCUUUCGCUGGCAGACAGGACAAGGGGAGAAUAUUCACCAAGGAGAACAGAACCACAGACCUGCUAAUGACCACACACUUGGUUCAUCAGAGGGUUGGUAUAUAUUUGCGGACAGCUCCAAUGGAGGAUAUGGUCACACCACUGAUCUCUUGACUGCUCCCAUUAAAAUAACAGGGCCCCAGUGCACUCUUGUGUUCUGGUAUCACAUGAGUGGCUUUACUGUUGGAACGUUGCAGGUCUUCAUCAAAUCAAGUGCUGUCACACAUGAAGUUUGGUCCCAAAAUGGUAACCAAGGCAACCGCUGGAGGCGGGGCGAGGUCUUCAUAGGAAUCUGUCAUAACAUCCAGGUGGGUCUUCGAGCCAAGAGAGGCAUCAGCUACAUGGGGGAUAUUGUUGUUGAUGACGUGGCAUUUGUGGACUGUGCCCCUCCAAUAACGUCAGAUCUUCCUUGUGCUAACAACAAGUUCAUAUGUGCCAAUGGUCACUGUAUCUCUGAGGACAACUUGUGUGACUUUAUUGAUCACUGUGGAGAUGGCUCAGAUGAGAAUCAUUACAUAUGCAAGGGAUACAGCGGUCGCUGCAAUUUCGAAUUUGACCUUUGCUCCUGGAGACAGAGCCAAGAUGAUGACUUUGAUUGGUUGAUAAAACCAGGAAAUAUGCACACACAUGGGACUGGGCCAUCCACUGAUCAUACCCUCCGUAAACCAUCAGGCCACUACUUAUAUCUAGAUGGGUCCUUCCCACAGACAACUGGACAUACUGCCCAAAUUCAAGGACCUCUUUUCCACCACUGCAGCAAAGACUGCAAAGCAGGAUCCUGUCCACCAGGUUCUCUACAGUGUACCAAUGGCAAUUGCUACAAACGAGAGCAGAAAUGUGACUUCACUGAUGACUGUGGAGAUGGAACUGAUGAAUUGGAUUGUGGGACAUCCUGCUCAUUUGAACAUGGCCACUGUGGUUGGAAAAGCAGCCCGGCAGACACCUUUAGUUGGGCUCGUGGUGUCGGCUCCAUUCAUAUGAUUAGACCUCCUCAUGAUCACACCCUUAAAAAUGAAAGCGGCCACUUUGUAUAUCUGGCAGCCACUCCUGUGGGAUUGAAGGGUGAUAAAGCUCACAUGAGAAGUUCUGUGUGGAAGCAGUCUAGUGCCAUAUGUAAACUCACCUUCUGGUACUAUAUUUCUGAGAAAGCCACAGGAAUCAUCCGGCUCUUCGCUAAGACAGAAAAUGAGCUGAGGGAGGUGUGGACAGAGCGGCAGAUGCAAAGGGAAUGGAGAAGAGCGGAGGUAUCUCUGAAGAGCCUGAGGAACUUUAUUCUCAUAUUUGAAGCAGUUCGAACACAAGACGUGAGUGGUGGAGCGGCUCUGGAUGACCUGCAGUUCAUUGACUGUGCACCACGAGCUGUGCAUCCUGGAUCAUGCCCUGCUGUUACAGAUUUUGUGUGUAAUAAUGGAGACUGUAUAGAGUAUCAUUUGGAGUGUGAUGGUAAAGCUGACUGUUCUGAUGAGUCUGAUGAGAUGGACUGCAUGAAUGUUCCAGGAGCUUGUAAUUUUGAUAUGCCCAGCGACCAUUGGCAGGAGACCUGUCAGCUGUCUCAGGAUCCUCACGAUGACUUUGAUUGGGACAUAGGCUAUGGCAGAAUGCUUAAUGGGACAGGACCAUCAGCUGACCACAGCCCCAAUGGAGGAGGGGGCUACCUGUAUGUGAACUCCAGUGCGCAGACAGAAGGAGAUAUCGCCAGAUUAAUAAGCCAGCUGGAGUUUCCUGCGAGUGUCGGUAUAUGUCAUCUGCGCUUUUGGUUCCACAUGUACGGCUCACAUCACAUGGGUACACUGAAGGUGUAUACCGUGGGCCGCAGUGGAACACCCCUGCUAAUGUGGGCAACAUGUGGAAACCAUGGAGACAACUGGCAUUAUGCUAAUGUGAUCUUAUCAAAUGCAUCACCCUUCAGAGUGAUCGUUCAGGCAGAAGUGGGAGCAGACCAGUGGACUGACAUUGCUGUGGAUGACAUCUCUUUCUCUAGACAAUGUCUUGUUGGAGGUCCAGUGACCCCCAUCCCACAAACAUGCCACAAGGAGCACUUCCAGUGUUUGUAUCUGUUUGAGUGUAUACCACUGAGUUGGCACUGUGAUGGUGAGGAGGACUGUCUGGACAGCUCAGAUGAGGAGAUGUGUGCGAGUGUGGUACCUGGCACUAUGCCUCCUCAGAUAGGGUGUGAGACGGGAGAAUACCGCUGCAUGAACAACAGCUGUAUUCCAGCGCUGCUGCUCUGCGAUACGGUUUUAGACUGCCCAGAUGGAGAAGAUGAAUAUGGAUGCCCUGUUAAGAUAUGUGAUGAUGGAGAACUAGUGUGUGAGGCGACAGCAGACUGUGUAGCGUAUCAGAGUCGAUGUGACAAUAUUGUUGACUGCCCACCUUUUGACUCUGAUGAGUCCAGCUGCUAUGAGUGUCCCAUUGGGUACUGUCUCAAUGGAGGGAGGUGUGCAGUAAAGGAAAACGGACCAGUAUGCAUUUGUCCAUCACAGUGGAUUGGUAUUCGUUGCCAUAUCAAAGAAAAAACUUUUUUUACAACCGCUUCCACAACACCUGUGAUACCAGAUAGUAAACUAGCUGUCAGUGUUGGAUUAAGUGUAGCUUUGAUCCUGGUGGUCAUUGCAACUGGAGUCAUUUUGUUCUUGUUAUUUCAAAGGAGACAUUCACUAAAAGACUCCAGUCUUAUUGAUAAUGAAGAGUUGGAUUGCUCAACCUUUGACUCUCAGAAAAAGCUGCCCUCUCUUGAGGUUAGACCCAGGUGGCCAGUACAUCCUCGACUAAACAUCAGCGUUUACCCGUGGAGAGAGGAUCCAAAGGUCUCCAGCUCAAAGGAAAACAAGCUCUCUUUCUCCAACCCACUCUACAAGUGCUCAAACAGUCCUGAAGCUUGAAGAAAACACACACGCAAACACUGGCUGUCACGUCCCUAUAGAUUUAGAGUGUUUUCCACUUCAUUUGAGCCUCCCUGAUAACAUGGCUGUACUUGCUUAAGGUUUAGAGGGCUUUUUUUUUUAAACACAAACUCGUGGGAGGAAAAAUUGAGACCACAAACAAGUUCCAAUUAAGCAAAAUGAAGCAGUUAAACUAUAUCUGUCAUAAAAAAGAAAGUUUCUUAUAAUAAUCUGACAUGUAACACAUUCCUUAUGUUGUGAAAUCUCUCUGAGGCACUGAAAUUAAACUUCAAUCUUUCUUAUUACAAGAGCUAACACUUAGCCCCUCAUGUUAUGCUGAAAGAUGCCUGUAUGUUC